AUGAUUUCUCGAGGAAAGAAGAGCGACGAGCAAGAUAGAAUAGAAAAGGUGAAAGAGAUGAAGGUUUACUCUUGGACGCUGGAGGAGUACCAGGAUGCCGCUAAGUACGACUUGCUGUACAUGAGUGUGGCUGAGGCUAUGGGAACGAGUCUGGGCAAGAGAAAACAAACGAGAAGGCGUGAGACAGAAGAAGAGAGAAGGACGAGAGAAGUCGAGUCCAAGUAUCGGGUAGCCGGGGGCUCAUGCCGGCUCAUGUUCGAAUAUACGACAGAGGAAGCGAUCGAAAGCCUUCGUGAUGCGAUGAGCGAUGUGGACGAUUUUCCGAGCCUGAUGGAGUUUUCUACUGGUGAGCAAUCGAAACGGUUUGUGAAUCUACUGCAUGGGAAGCACCGUAUUGGAAAGAAGGUGUACUGGGGGCUUGUCAGCAGGUUUGCUGCCACGGAGCUAGCGGAGAAGCUUGGAGAGUCCUUCGUAAGGAAAAUACAAGAGCUCACCAACAUGGCUGAGAACCCAGUACUACGGGGAGUGUUGUUCGAGAUGCUGUUCUUUGCUCGGAUAAAGCAAAUGCCAGGACCGCUAAAGCUAACCACCAUCCAAGGAGGAGAUGUUGAGUGGUCAAGGUGCGAAGUGGAGUCUUUUGAUCCAACAGAUGUUUAUGAGGCUGGGGAGAAUAGCAAGGAGCGCGUGUGCCUGAAGCCCGUGGCAUGGAACCAGGGAGGAUAUGAUGCUGUGAUUGUAGACUGGAGCUCCAAGUUAGUGCGGUUUGUGCAGGUGACGUCUAGAGAGGCUCAUGACCUGAAGCUGCGGUACUUCUCGGACUGCCUGGAUUCCUUGAGCAUCGAAGGAUGGGAGCAGUGGAAGCUUGAGAUCGUCUUUGUCGUCCCCAAGGACAAUGUUGAGAGGUUCAGGGUAAGCAAGGUGGAGGACGAGGACGCGCUUUCGAGAUACGGAUGGAGAGGCGGCGAGGAAGGGAGCGAAGUGUGCGUGGUCGGGCUUGACCCGAGACCAUGUGGAUGUUUGUGA